AUGUUUCUGAACCACAUUACACAUGUUCAAUGUGUAGGUUACGAAGUGCACGGUCUGGAGAAGGUUCCGGACUCUGGCCCGGCACUCAUUGUGUACUACCAUGGAGCCAUCCCCAUCGACUACUACUACCUGCUUUCUUCAAUCAUCCUGACCAAAGGCAGGAUCUGCUACUCUGUGGCAGAUCACUUCCUCUUCAAGCUACCUGGGUUCAGAUUAUUGCUCGAGGUGUUCAGGGUGAUCCACGGGCCGAAGGAGCAGUGCGUGCGUGUCCUGCGUCGCGGCCACCUUUUGGCCAUUUCGCCCGGCGGUUUGAGGGAGGCGCUCUUCAGCGACAACGCCUACAGAUUGCUGUGGGGUAACCGCCGUGGAUUUGCCCAAGUUGCCAUUGAUGCCAAGGCGCCCAUCAUUCCUGUGUUCACACAAAACCUCCGAGAAGGAUUCAGAACACUUGGAAGCCUGUGUGUGUUCCGCUGGCUGUACGAGCGAUGCCGCCUGCCCGUUGUGCCAAUCUACGGUGGCUUCCCUGUGAAGUUCCGCACGUACCUCGGAGACCCCAUCCCCUAUGACCCUGGCACCGAUGCAGCUGAACUUGCUGAGAAGACCAAACAGGCAAUGCAGGGCCUAAUUGAAGAGCACCAAGAUAUCCCAGGAAAUAUCCUUCACGCUUUGGCGGAGCGACUGAGCGGAACGCCAAAGGUGGACUAAGGAGUGACUUUGCAAGUAAAACAAAAAAUACAACUUUUUUAAUGAUUCUUCAAUAUGCCGAUUGAAUGGACGUCAGCGUUGUAACUGCCCCAAAGACUCAACCUGAUCCAGAGGCUUAUUGCUGAGCAGCCAAGAGUUUCUCUCUGUCUUCGGAAGCGGGACAAAGUGACGUGAUGGUUUCUCCAUUCGCAAGUCAGCAGGUUAGCUCCGUUUAAGCUCAAUGGGGCAAUUGUGCUUAAGCUCUUGGCUCUGUCGAUGUGACGCACGUAAAAAAUUGUGGGAUGCCUCCUUUUCUAUACACAAAAUCAUAAUGCGUUGUUGUGGAGCAUCGAUGGGUUAAAGCAUAUAUUGUGCAAGCAAAAAUCCAAUCUGCUUUUCCACAUAUAAACAAACGUAUGUUCAGUCCAUUGGAUUUUGGCUUUCCACACUAAUAUUUAUCGAGCAGCAUUUGUUUAAGCAAGCGAACUCUGGACAGGUUUCAACCUUCUGGGCCUCAUCGGCAGUCAGAUAUUUUUUGUCACAGUAUUCCCAGGCACUGUUGUGUGUGUUUGCCAAGUGAACAUUGACGAUACAUAAGUCGAAUGUUUGCAGGUAUAACAAUAUUCCUAAUGACACUUAUUCUACUAAGAUUUGUAAAAGACAGACAUAAUGAAGAUUACUCGUUGUUUUUUUCGGUAAAGUCACGUAUGUAGAAAUACAAUAAAAUUAUAUUAAAACAAAACAAUCACGACGUUUCGAUCACAACACAGUCAUUUUAUGCAGUCACGAAAGCUUUAAUACUUUAUCAACACACUUCUACGGGGAAGUUACCGUUGCAUUUCUGUCCUAAAUGUGCACCCCAAACCUGUCCCCCCCCCCCCCCCCGCUUCUGUGUAUAUGCAAGAUGUGCUGUUUUGAGCUGCCGCAAGAUGAGCUGCCACUCUCUUUCUGGCCCCU